AUGGCGGAGGACGACGAUGGUGUUUCGAAUAAGAAAUCGCCUCAAAAUUCAAAUAAUGAAGCCUCCUCGCAAGAAAAUGAGCAAAAUACGGCAAAACCAGACCUAGGCAUCGAAGAAGCAAAGUAUAAUAGCAACGAAAAUGGGGAUACAUCUCCCACUGAGCCGAAAUGCUCGACAUCGAAAUCGACGGGGGCGACACGGAAGGAAGAGAAUCCGUUCUCAUUCAGGCAUUUCUUGAAACGCGACCUGUCGUUACCAGGCAACUCGACUUACGAAAACACGGGAGCGCGACCCAAAGUUUACGCAAAUACAGUUCAACACUCGCCCACUAAAAUAGACAUUCACGCAGAGUCGCGUCGAGACAAAGGUCGGUCCUCCACGUCUAGCGAGCCUCAAGCCAAAGAAAAAAGCGGUGAAGGCAGCAGCCACCGUAUCAGUGAUAAUACGUCUUCGAGUAGUUCAGUAGAGAUACCUUUUAGUGUAGUGGAUAAUUCUGAGUCUAAGCAUAACUUUUACGAGGACACUUCUGAUGUGCCGUUUUAUCAUAGACCCAAUUUAGCAUCAGAGCCUUUAGGCAUGCCGUCACUACCGGAUUUUGUGCAAGAUCAUAUUUUGGUGGAGCAAGCGUAUUUGAGCUCAAAUGGGCCCAUUUCAGUGGAUUUAGACAAUUUGCCAGAUUUUACGUUUAAUACUAGUUUCAAUGCGGGCUCAUCGUCUUCAUUGGGGAGGAGGAACAAUGCCAGCUAUAGUGGUAAUAGGGGUUAUGACUAUGACACAUACAUGGGGGCUGCAUCGGCAUCUGCAGAUUUUGGCACGGCCAGCAGGGAUAUACCACUGGACCUGCCAGCAGGGGCAGAGGCUGCUGGACCCAUGCAGGACCCACCAGUGCAUCUGAGCUUGGAUCUGACGGAGUCGGUGAACCCAGCAGACCGGAGGAACAUGUCUCCAAGGAAUAACAUGAACAACUUUCCACUUGAUCUGCCUCCUAAUGCAGGCGCUGAAUCAAUGCGCCUACCCGACUUCCUCCCAGUUCACCCUGGACGCACCUCGCCCGAGCCUGAACAUCAGGACGAACAGUUGCAGCAGAUCAUGUCCGAGCUCACAAGGACAAGGUCGGAGCUGUUCACGGAGCGCAGUCGGCGCUCGCGGCUUGAGGGCGAGCUGAGCUCGUGGCGCGAGGCGGCGUCGCUGCUGCGCGCGGAGGCGGCGGCCGCCCGCGCCAAGGAGGCGGCCGCCAAGGCACGCCUGGCCGACGCGCGUCUGGCCGACCGCGACUACGCCGGCCAGCUGGACGCCGCCGCCGGCCGCGUCGAGACCAACAUCGCGGACGCGGUGACUCGAGCGACAGAAGCCGAAGCGACAAUCGCAAAACUUACAAAGGAAGUUAGGAAAUUGAAGGAGGAGCUAGCAGCGUCUCAAAGCGAAGUUCGAUCGCUGCGCGGUCUGCAGAACAACGCCGCCACCGACCUGAGACACGCCACAACAGUCGCCGAGUCCUCGCUCAGGGACCUACUAGCGGGCUUGGAAAGGCUGAGAUCACUGAGUUCCACACUGGACCCCACAUGAUACCAACGAGGUUCUCUUUCAUUUAUUUAAUAAUUUAACAAUAACGCUGUUGAUAUGCCAAUAUGUAUCGUGAAGCAUCAAUUUAACGCGGCAUUGAUUUAUACAUAUAUAUUUUUUAAUGUAAUCUAAAAGUUUUAAUAAAUAUGACAGUCACCAAGCAUUAAUUAUAAUCACUUAUUUUUUUAAGGCCCGUGUACACGACGUUUGGUGCAAACUGCGCAACUAUUCGGUCGGGUAUGCAUGUGUUUUGAGCUCGAAAGAGUUUUAUCUGUAGAUACACAUUUGCGAAAGCUUAGUUGUACAAUGUGCAAACCGUUUGCGCGCUAGCCACUGUCAUGUGAACGGGCGUGUGAAGAUAAAUACGCGUUGUUUUUUCAGUUAGUGUAAACCCACAUAAAUUAAAUAUUAAUAGAAAAUGUGUUCUAACUAUUGCUUAAUUUCCAUUCACAUCACAAGUGUAAAAUAGCAGAACUAAGAACUAUUGUUAGAGCAGUCCAAGUGACCUACUUAUCAGUUUUCAAUCGAACAUAUUUUGGAGAGUGUACGCUGGAACUUCACAAUUUACUGCUACCCUCGAUUUCUCCCUCGAUCACCCAGAAAUUCCGGACCACUUUAUCCUUAUGUCAUUGACCACCUAUUCCCACGAAGUGCAUUGCUUCGUCCUUCCUAAUACGUACGGGAGAAGAAUGGCAUACAUCUGUGUUUCCUGAAAAAUAGAAUUUGGGGUUAUUCAAGCUAGAAUGAAUAGGCAUUUUUUAUUCAGACUCGUACCAUGCUCUUUAUUUUUUAUAUC